CGGCGGCCCCGACGCACCCGAGGCGCACCGGCCCCGGCCACCGCGGCCCCGUGAUGGGCUCCUGCGUGUCGCGAGAUCUGUUCACGGGAGUCCACAAGGAUUGCCCUAUGCCCGCGGGCACAGGCCCCCUGAGCCCACUGCCCUGCAGCCGCCCACCCACCCUCAUUCCGGACUAUGUCACUGGCAAGGAGCAUGAAUCGCACUUCGGCCAGUUGGCUGGCUUGGCUGCCCCUGCCCCUCCGGCACCUCCGGGUGAGGCAGCUGCCGUAGCUAAGGGCGAGUCUCCAGACAAGGGUGCAGGGGUGGUGCAGAGCAUCAAGGACCACAUCACGAAGCCCACGGCCAUGGCACGUGGCCGCGUGGCCCACCUCAUCGAGUGGAAGGGCUGGAGGGCCCAGCGGUCCGGCUGGGAGCUGUCCCCGGCCGAGGACGAGCACUACUGCUGCCUCCCGGAUGAGCUGCGUGAGGCCCGCUUUGCUGCCGACCUGGACAGCAGCUACCUUCCGGACAGUCUUCUGAGCGGCCCCUCGCAGGAUGACAGCCUCCUGGCCUUCUCCUCCCCCGGCCUCUCCCCUGACGGCGGGCCCUCACCCGAGGAGCCCCCCAUCACAGCUGCUGCCCCCCAGCCCCCCAGCCCCGAGCAGCAGCACCGGCCCCGGCUGCCCGGGGGCCCGGGGCCCGAGGGCGGGUCCUGCCUGCAGGGCUCCCUCCCCUCGGUGGACAGCGGCUCCCUCUCGGAGGAGGAGGACGAGGUGUUCUAUAACUGAGGCCCAAGUUCACCGCCGUCCCGCCGGGGGCAGCCCAGGCGUCUCAGGACGUGGGGUCAGGCGGGGCCUCUGGACCCUUCAGGGCAGGCACCGGGUGGGGAGGCAGGGGCGAGGCUGGCACUCCCGUGGACCACUUCGUGCCUCCGUGGACCUGCCCGCAGUGGGAGCCAUAUCCCUCUCUCCCUUCUCGGCUCCUGUGGGCCCCUUCCCCCCAGCAGGGCUCCUGCCGCCCGAGCUCAAGGACUCGGCAGGCACCAGGGCAGGCCCCCAGGCAGACAACCUCAAAGGGCCUGGGAGACCCACUUGCCGUGGGGCCUGGGGACCCUGCCUGGUCCCAGAGCCGGGCCCUCCCGCCUCCCUCUGUGCUUCUGCCCCAUCAGAGGUGAGGUAGCCUCUUCCGGUAGCUAAGCAUCUGCUCCUCAGCGGUUAUCUGAGGAUACCCGUCUCCAUGAACUGUCUGUCUGUCCCUCACCCUCUGACCCUGGUGCCCCGGCUCCCCCUCCUUGCGCCCUCCUGUCACCUCCCUGAAAGCUCUCUGAAGACAUUAAAGUGGCGGAUUC